GGGUCUGUACAUCAGCGACACUCAUGGCUGUUUUGUUUCUCCGUUUUUAUGCUCCAGAGAGAGAAAACAAAAUCGAAAAUUAAUCAAUACUGGCUCUCCAUGAUAUUGAUGACUUAGCGCAGUUCUCAGCAGUAGUUGCAAUGAAUACCCGAAGUGUGGAAGAACUUUAAUCCUCUACGCUGUUAAGACCUCCAGCUAAGUAACGGCAAGAAUUUUUUUUCCGUUUUGUUUUUUUGGUAUAUAACUAUGAAAAAGCCGCUUAUUUAGCCUGUUAUGGCCAAGGUCGCCGACGGAGACAGUAACUGUUGUGGGUUAAAGACCGUCCAGUUUCCUUUCACAAUAAUCGCAGAAAAGUUGAUCAAGUCAGUUUUGUUCAAGAUGACAACGGUCGGAUUUGAAAUAGGAAGCAGGGAUGGCGUUCGAGAAAUCGAAGAUGGAAGAUUAACUCAAGCUGUGGAGGUCGGAGAUAUGAUGGAGAAAAGUGCUCUAUCAACUCAUAGCCACAAAAACAACCAACACGCAAUGUGUCCAUUCAGUGGGGUGGGUGCGGCAUCAGACAUGAGGCCCCAGGAACCUAAAUAUCUGAGACUAAAGAAUUGGAUCGAAGACACCCAAGCUGUUGAUACCUUGUAUCAAAAGGCGACGAACCCUCGUCACUGCACCAAUGGCCGAUGCACCGGAUCAAUAAUGUACCCGUAUGGAGGAGAAACCCCCACACCACGGCCGUACGGGAUACCAAGACCUGUAGAGGACAUCAAAGUUGACGCCCAGGAAUUUUUCAAACAGUACUACUCUGCCAUAAAUCUUUGCGAUAGUGACGAACACAAAAAGAGACUAGAAGAAGUCUUUAGGACACUUGACGAAACUGGUAUCUAUGACUUUACCGGGGAGGAACUAAUUUUUGCCGCCAAAACAGCCUGGAGAAAUGCCCCAAGAUGCAUUGGACGAAUACAGUGGAACAAUCUUCAGGUUUUCGACGCCCGUCACGUGACCACCCCGAACGAAAUGUUUGAAGUUCUCAAGGCACAUCUGGAGUAUGCGACAAAUGACGGAAACCUGAGAUCUGCAAUCACCAUUUUCCCACAACUAAAAGAACCAAAUAAGAACUACCGAGUGUGGAACCCUCAGUUGAUCAAGUAUGCGGGUUACAGACAACCAGAUGGGACAGUGAUCGGCGAUCCAGCAAGUGUUGAAAUCACAGAGGUUUGUCAGUCGCUUGGUUGGAAAGGUAAAGGUGGUAGAUUUGACGUGUUGCCCUUGGUAUUACAAGCUAGUGGUGGUGUCCCUGAGUACUUUGAUAUUCCUGAACACCUUGUUCUUCAAGUGGAUAUUAAACACCCAAAGUAUCCUUGGUUCAAGAGUCUAGGUUUAAAGUGGUAUGCUCUACCAGCUGUUUCUAACAUGACUUUGGACGCAGGGGGACUGGAAUUCACUGCUGCACCUUUUAAUGGAUGGUACAUGGUGACAGAGAUUGGGGCCCGUGAUUUGGGCGACCAGCAACGUUACAAUAUGCUCGGGGUAGUGGCCAAAAAGAUGGGGUUAGACACCAAGAGUAACGUCAGUUUAUGGAAGGAUUUUGCCAUGGUUGAAAUCAACUAUGCUGUGAUGCACAGUUAUCAGGAAGCUGGCGUCACCCUAGCCGAUCAUCAUUCGACAUCAGACUCGUUCAUAAAGCACAUAGCAAAAGAGACGAAGCUGCGGGGUGGCUGUCCAGCGGACUGGGUAUGGAUUGUCCCUCCCUUGUCUGGAAGUGCUACAUCUGUCUUUCACCAGGAAAUGCUGAAUUACAUUUUGAAACCAAGCUACGAAUACCAGACGGAUCCAUGGAAAGUUUCUAGUGUCACAGGCAAACCCAAGAGGAAAAUCUUCUUCAAAACUGUGGCCAAAGCAGUUUGUUUCGCUGCCAUCCUCAUGAGGAAAAUUCUAUCCAAGCGUAAGAAGGUCACCAUCCCGUUUGCUACUGAGACAGGCAGAUCCGAGACUUUUGCUCGAAAUUUGGCUCACCUUAUGUCAAACACGUUCGAUGUCAAGGUCCUCUGCAUGGCUGAGUACGACCACGCCCUACUCACACAAGAGAGCCUCUUGUUGGUGGUGACGAGUACAUUUGGCAAUGGCGAGUCUCCGGAAAAUGGCGCAAGUUUCUAUGGUUAUUUAAAACACAUGAAGGAGAACUGCAACGCAAAACCCUUGAAAACCCUUAGGUACUCGGUAUUUGGACUAGGAUCUAAAGCUUACCAAAAUUUCUGCGCCUUUGGUCACUGCGUCGACGACUACUUGAGAGACCUUGGAGGCCAGGCAAUUCUUACCAUGGGGGAGGGGGAUGAACUUAAUGGUCAGGAUGAGUCUUUCAGAGAGUGGGCUAAAGACGUUUUUAAGGCAGCCUCUAAGUCGUUUGGUUUGAAUGGUGAAGAAGCCACUAAAGUGGUCAGUGCAUCAUUAAAGAACAUGUCUAUAGGCUGGAGCCCAGGCCGUUAUCGUUGGGUAGAAGAGCGAAAAAAACCGUCCAGCCUGUACUCUAAUCUCUCCAAGAUUUACAACAAAGCUGUUUGUUUUGCAAAGGUCAAGUCAGUCAAGCAACUCCAAUCAAAAGAUUCAAGCCGCUCGACUAUUUUGGUUUCCCUGGAUACCACUCAAAGCAAAGAGCUGACCUUUGAACCAGGGGAUCACCUGGCGGUAUUUCCAGCAAAUAAAGCCAGUCUUGUUCAAGAGUUGAUUGACUUGACGCACGAAAAACCUGAUCCAAACCGGCCAAUCAGGAUUGAAAUGGCUCAAGAGGACCCAGAGAAACCAGGUGGAUCAAAAGUAUGGGAACCAGUUAGCCGUCUGUCUGUGGCAUGCACUAUGAGAGAAGCCUUGACAAGAUAUCUGGACAUCACCAGUAUCCCCACACCACAGAUGCUAAGUUACUUAUCUAAAAUGGCAACAAGCCCACUGGAAAAGAUGCAGCUUGAAACGCUCGGCAAGGGCGGUUUACGAUACGAGGACUGGGCCAGAAGCAAAGAGUGCAGCAUAGCCGAAACAUUGAGGGAAUUUCCAUCCGUACAAGCUACCGCUGACCUGUUGUUAACACAGCUUCCUGCUCUACAGCCUAGGUUCUACUCGAUAUGUGUGUCUCCUCGGGUAUAUUCCAAAGAAAUUCACAUUACUGUGGCAGUAGCUGAAUAUAAAAAGAGAGGUGGUCAAGGCUCACUUCAUCAAGGCGUAUGUUCCACAUGGCUCCAAAAAUUGAAACCUAGUGAUGUAAUACCUUGCUACAUCAGAGCGGCCCAAUCUUUCCAUCUUCCUGUUGAUGGCUCGCUGCCAGUGAUCAUGAUUGGGAAUGGGACGGGUAUUGCACCUUUCCGUUCUUUCUGGCAGCAAAGGAUGUUUGACAUUAACAACAAAUGUCCACCAAUUUCAACGGAAUCAGGUAGGAGACAAUGGGGGGAAAUGUUUCUGUUCUACGGCUGCAGAAAUCCUCGACAAGAUGAUAUCUAUCAACAUGAAACUGAGAAAGCGAGGCAGGCAAGAGUAAUCACAAGUGUCCACACAGCGUAUUCCAGACAGGAAGGAAAACCCAAGAAAUAUGUUCAAGAUCUACUAAAGGAGGACUCGAUCAAAAUCUGUGAUUUGAUACUCAAAGACGAUGCGCAUGUGUUUGUAUGCGGCGGGGCUGCCAUGGCUGAUGACGUCAGAAAAACCUUACAGAAUUUGUUAGCUGAUCGUCUUGAUAUGUCACUCGAGGGUGCUUUGGAGUUUAUGCGCAAACUGAGGUCAUCAGGCAGAUAUCACGAGGAUAUAUUUAGUGUUCCUCAGAGAAACAAGGACUCAAAAGAAAACGAAGAACAAAAAGGGCGUUUUGAAUAAAUCAGUCCCAGGCCUAUUACAUGAUCCAGAUCGUACCGUGAGGUCCCGGCUCCGUAAUGAAGACGGAGCAACAGAAUGUAUUUGCCGAAUAUAUUCGGUCUGCAACUUCAACUGAGCGUAGUGAGUCCGUUUCAAAUACUGUGAGGCAGUAGAUUCAGUAGAGCACUGAUUCCAGAGUCUCCAGAACUUACAUGGUUAUCGUCGUAGACAUAGAAAGAGAUAGGAUAUCGUUACUCAAAUGUAUUACGGUAUUUUAUGUGAAAAUAUAAAGCAAUGUCAAAC